AUAUUAUCUUGCAUGUUUUACAUGACUUGAUUGUUAUGAUAGGAUGGAAGAAAGUGGUGUCAUCGGAAAUGGUCGAGGCAGGAAUAAACGUUUUUGGACUGCCGAAGAAGAUACAGUUCUUGUCUCUGCUUUGUUAGAGUUAGCUAGUGAUCCACAUUGGAAAUGUGAUAAUGGCUUUAGAAAUGGAUAUAUGGUUCGUUUGGAGGAGAUCAUAGGAAAGGCUCUUCCUACAUGUGGUUUAAAAGCUACACCACACAUUGACUCCCGGCUUAAGACACUUGUUAGCAAGUUCAGGGCCAUUGCUCAAAUGCUUUCUACUAGUGGGUUUAUGUGGGAUGAUGAUAGGAAGAUGAUAUCUGUAGAUAGAUCUGUGUAUGAUGAGUAUUGCAAGACUCAUACUACGUGCAAGAACUUGUAUGGAGUUGCUUUUCCGCAUUUCCAUGAGUUAAUGACUAUUUACGGCAAAGACUAUGCCACCGGAAAACCAGCUGAAGGCUUUGUUGAUGCGGUUAAUAGCAUGGAAAAAGCAGCCCCUAUUCAAGUCACACUCGACUCGAGUGAUGAAGAGAUUGAUGUUAGUGGUAAUGUCACACAACUGGAUGAAUCAGAGGCUCCACCGUCAAAGAAAGCAAAAGUUGAGAAAACUAAAAAAAUAGGGAAAAAAAGUGAGAGUGUUGCAGCUUCUGAAAUUUCUAGCUUACAGUCCUUCAUGAAAGACAUGAAUGUUCAUCUCUCCACCAUGGCUAAUGUUAUGUCUCGUGCUGAUGAAAGAGAGCAAGAGUUGGCUGAAAAAAGUGAAAAAGUUAUAGAAGAACUACUAUCAUUUAACUUGGAAGGUGUCACUACUACUCAAGUAUUUGAGGUAGCAGACAUUCUAACAUCACAACCGAACAAGCUCAUGAUUUUUAACAAGUGUCCUUCUUCUUUAAAAGCUGCCUUUGUUAAAAAUCUUAUUGGUGAGAACAGCAGAAGGUCUGAUUGAGCUUCUACAAUCCGAAGGAUCCAUAUGUGACUAUAUUGCAAUUAUGAAGACAAGUUUAUUUUCUUAUCUAUAAUUUAUUUUUCCAGUAUCAUGUCGAAUA